AUUUUGCGACUGCGAGAUGAUUCCUACAACACUUGGCGGGGCGGCGGGGCGUGUGAAGGCGGGUGGACAGGUCUCUCACAUUUCACCUCCGCCUCGCCCUCAGACACGUCCCUCGGCCUACAGUUAGCGGCUGUGUGGAGAAAAGGUGCCCCUGAGUGAAAGAGUUCUUGCCGCGGCCUGCCGCGGCCUCCACAGCUGGUCGCCAUGCUGCACGACCUGCUGGCAGCCUUGAAGGGCCAUGGGGGCGGCAUCUUCGUGUGGAGAGGCUCAAAGUUCAAUGUGAGCAAUGACCUUGGGCUGUUGCACCCGUGUGAAGUGUCCAUUGUGGAGGAGAUGCUGCGCCUGGCUACAGACUUCAGGAAGAUCACGGCCUUCUGCGACACCCAUGACGGGGGCACUGUGGACUCUGGGAGUGAUCAGCAUGGUGGAAUGUACCUCUCUUCACUAUCUUCUGCACUGAGGAAGACGUCCACCACCGUCUUCCACCACACUGUGAUGGGUCUGGAGCAGCGACUUUUGAGUGACCCAGAGCUGCCACUCACUGCUGCUCUGCUGGCCUUGCGCCCCCUCGGCCCAACGCUGGCCACCCUGGCAGCACUGGUCACUCAGAUAGAGGAGAAGCAUCUGCAUGGGUGCCAGGUAUUGGAGGCUGUGCACAAGCUCAUCACACACUCAGUGGGCCAGGUGAAGCUGGUGCUGAGCAGGAUAGAGCAGGAGGUCCAUGCAGUCCUGUACCACCAGCUUACCCUGUGGCUCCUUCAUGGCCUGCUCUUGGACCCUCAUCAGGAGUUCUUCAUCACCACCAACACCACCACCUCCUCCUCUGCUGCCAACACCUCCACCAACACCACCUCCAGCCUCAGUCAGCAGAUGGACACACUGAGCUUAGAGGAGGGAAUGGACAGCACAGGAUCGGCACCAGAGUGUAAUCUUCACCUGGGGAUGCUGCCGGCUCACAUUCCUCUCUCCGUCGCCGAGAAAAUCCUCUUCAUCGGUGAAUUCAUCCUCGUCUUUGAACGCGGGGCAGCGAGAGAGAACGGUGAGUCUGAGCAAAGCCUGGCAUCAUCUCGCAGUGGCCAGGUGUUGAAGAAGAGAGAGGGGGAGUUCCGGGGGCUGCUGACGGACUUGGCGGCUGAGAAGACCUUUUCCGUGGACAAGUUCAGCCGAGCCAUCGAGACCAUCAGGAACUGUGUCUCGGAGGAGUUGUGGAAGCUUGUGAUGGAGGCCGGGUUGCUUGGGGAACUGACAGAUUUGAAGGCAGUGUUCCUGCUUGGCCGAGGGGAGCUUUACCAGGCUCUCGUGCCCAUCAUCACCCCCUUCCUCCAGUCCCCCUCAGACUCCCAUGCUAACUUCACUGGACUCUUUAGAUCUGCGGGUCGUCAAGUGCUCAUGGAAGAUGCUGUGUUGGAGAAGUUCACAGUUUCCCUCAAGAUUCCACCAACCACCGCCACUUCCAGCAGCUCAAUGCAAACCUCAGAGGAGCGUUGGCGAGCGCUGCGACUCACCUACCGUGCACGAUGGCCCCUCCAUAAGCUCCUGACCCCAGCAGCCCAGGAGAAGUACAAUGCCAUCUUCAGCUUCCUCUUAGAUGUGAGGCGAGCACAGCACCGCCUGCAACAGCUGUGGCUCACCCAGCGGAGGGCCGGCGGGUGGGGUGAGGGCCCAUGUCUGCAGUGGACCUUGAGGCACCACAUGACUCUCCUCAUCGACAAUAUCCAGUACUACCUUCAGGCUGAUGUGCUGGAGUCCCAACAUUGGCAGCUGGUGAAGGCCGUGAGUGAAACGCGAGACUACCAACAACUAGUCUCGGCACACCACACUUUCCUGGCAUCAGUGGCAGCCCAGUGCUUCCUCCACAGCCCAGUGGUGUCACGUACCCUCCACUGCCUCUUGGGACUGGUACACCGAUUUUGUGCCCACCUGGAGUCCUGUCUUGGGCAUGGAGGGACAGAUGGAGAGGUGGUACAACAGCUCUAUGAGGAGUUUGAAAGAGCAGCGGCUCAGCUGUUCUUUGUGUUGUCCAGUUUAAGACUUCACCGUGGAGAGCAGCAGCAGCACACCUCACAGCUCAUCAUGCGCAUCGACUACAACAGGUACUACAGCCACCACUCUGGGUCCCUCCACCGACUAGCAACGGCCCGCGGGGAGACAGAGUGAUGGCAAGAGGCUUAACAGCACAAAUCUUCUUUUAUUGAGCCUCACCUCAGACUCUCCGUGGCAUUGAUGUACAUGGGGCAGGUGUGCGAGGUGUUGGUGCCUAGCUGUGACGAAGCUCCACCAUCCUCGGCUGCGUCAUCCCUUGACCACAGGAGAGACCGCUGCGAGAAGCUGGGAGGGACUUUCAG